AUGUUCAAUCUUGGAACCGCCAUCGUGACUGCUCUGGGCCUCCUGAUGGCAGGAGUAGCCAGCGGAGCUCCCGCCGAACCCGCGCCUAUGAUGGACGAUCCUACUGUCACCAUCUACCAGGACAUGAUGUACCAAGGCAACUCCGAGGGUCUCCGUGAGGCCAAUGUCUGCUACUCAUUCCGAGAGAAUACUCCGUGGUUCCACAAUAUUUCCUCCAUGAAUAUCCGUCCCGGGUAUACCUGUGACGCCUACAUUGGGUUCGACUGCAACCAGAUGCUUAGGCCAGGUAUGCAGGGCCAAUACGCUAACCUUGAUUUCGAAAAUAUGAAUAAUAUGAUCGAGAGUAUGAAGUGCAGGCCUAUGUAG